AUGUAUGACCAUUUGCGGGUUCCCAAGUACUGCUUCAGGAUUCCAGAAAGCUACCCAUUGGCUUUAGCAGCACCAUUGCCCUAUGCUGGAAUCACAGUAUACACUCAAAUGGUGCGUCACAAGAUGAGCCAACCGGGUAAGUCUCUCGGCAUAAUUGGACUCGGUGGGCUCGGUCACAUGGCAAUUAAGCUUGGGAAGGCUUUUGGACUGAAAGUCGCUGUGUUUAGUACAAGCAAUUCUAAAAAGGAGGAAGCACUGAGCUUGCUGAGUGCUGACCAUUUCGUCAUCUCAUCUGACCAAGAACAGAUGAAGGCCAUGGCUAAGUCCCUGGAUUUUAUAAUCGACACGGCAUCUGCUGCUCACCUAUUUGAUCCUUACAUGUCUCUUUUGAAGACGGGUGGCGUUCUAGCGUUGGUUGGGUCCCAAAGCGAAAUUACAUUCAGUGCGGCAAGCCUUAACCUCGGUAUGAAAACAGUUUUGGGUAGCGCUACUGGAGGAAUGAAGUAUAUCCAAGAAAUGAUAGACCUCUGUGCAGCACAGCACAUACACCAAGAAAUCGAAGUGAUACCGAUCGAUUAUGCCAAUGAAGCCCUUGAGGGGCUCAUCAAGAGAGAUGUUAAGUACCGAUUUGUGAUCAACAUUGAGAACUCCUUGAAAUGA